UCAUGUACAGGGGCGGACUGACAACUCAUGGGGCCCCUGGGCAAUAGGGGAUCAUGGGGCCCCUGUGUCCUUGCCCAAACUCAAAAAAGCCUAUGAAAAAGGUACCAGGGGCAUCUCAUGGGGCCCCCUGCGGACCCUGGGCCCUCAGGCAGUGCCCGAGCGCCCAAAUGGUCAGUCCACCCCUGAGCUUGCCAUAAGGUUUUAGUGAAAUAAAACAAAACUUUGUAUUGAAAAAAUCAUAGUCUUGAGGUGGUACAUUUUAUGUUAUCUGUUAAUAU